AUGGCGUCGAAACUAGCAGGAUGGAAGAGCAGGACACUUAGCUUGGCGGGGCGCAUAACCUUAACAAAAUCAGUUCUCUGCUCCAUCCCGGUUCACUCUAUGAGCUCGGUUAAAUUACCGGAAUCAACUCUGAACCGUUUAGACCGUGUGGCGAGAGAUUUUGUCUGGGGCUCUACAGCCGAGAAGCGAAAGCAACAUCUGCUUUGUUGGGAUAAGGUCUGCAAACCAAAGGAGGAAGGCGGGCUAGGGAUCCGAAAAACAAGUCUCAUGAACAUCGCUUUGUUAGCCAAGGUCGGAUGGAGGGUGCUUCAUGACAAUAAUAGCUUAUGGUCAAGGGUGUUACGGAGUAAAUAUCUCAUCGGAGAUAUCCAUGAUACAGCGUGGCUAAAGGGAAAGAGCACAUGGUCCUCUACGUGGAGGAGUGUGGCGUUGGGGAUCAGAGACGUUAUCCUACCGGGCCAUAAAUGGGUUCUAGGGGAUGGGUUGAGGGUUUCAUUCUGGACAGACAAGUGGCUCAUGGGUAAUCUCUUAAAGGAUGAGGUGGUUGCGGAUGUCCCAGAAGCAAUACUUAGCUUGAAAGCCAGUGAGAUGUGGAUCCCCGGAGUUGGAUGGGACAUACAUAAGCUCGCUCCCUAUGUAUCGGAUGCCACGAGACUUGAGCUAGCAGCCGUGGUGGUGGAUAAAGUAUCUGGAAGGCAAGAUAGGAUGUCCUGGGGGGACGCUGGAUGGUAA